GCGAAUUGGCGUGGUGUUUCUGUUUUACCGGCGGAGCGGCGACUUGACGCUAACGGCUCGGCGCGAAGGUGGCGCCGAGUCGCGCGCGCGCUUCGGCAGCACUCGGGUCCGCUCGCGGUCCCUGCGAAUCGCAUCGCAGCAGGCAGUCGGCACUUGCCAGUGGACGCGAACAGUGGUGGUCGGUCGUGAGCAACCGCGCGCGCGUGUAACCAGGAGAACGCCGUGCGCGCAGCGAAAAUGGCGUAGCAGCCGAGCGCGUUGGCCGUGCAGCAAGUCUACGCGACAGCGAUUCCGAUCCGGAGCGUCCGCGUCAGCGCGCGCCGUUCUCUGGCGCGGACAGUCGGCGACGCAGACGGUGCGCCAUGUUCGAGUCGGGCCAGUGUACACGGUGAGACUGCGUCAGGCAGGUGUAUCUGUACAGUGUGUUGUACUCCGUGUGCUUGAGUGAGUCGCGCGCGCGCGCGCGUGUGCUGAGAUAGAUCCCCACGUCGUUUGACGUCGUCGCCGUCGUCGUCGUCGUAGUCGUCGCCGCCGCAGCAGUCGUAGCCGACGACGCCCGCGCGCGCCAACGGCACGAACGUUGCGCCCUGCAAGACGUGACACGCGCGACCUCGCGCACGUACGUGCACCCGCGUGCGCGCGCGCGCGCGCGCGCGAGACGCGACGCGGAUGAGGCCCGCCGCCCGCCGGCUAAGGAUGGCCUUCGCGAGCGCGAGGAUUCGGUGAUCCUGCCUGCUGCUCGCGUGACAGCUUGACGACCUCUCCGGCACGGCACGGCCGAGACGAAGAUGGCGCCAGCAGCGUUUUGACACUUGCCGAAGGACCUGUCAGCUGGACUUGAUCGCCGCCCGCAGGCGUCCCGUCUAUUAUGAGCAGAGAAUUUUACGUACCCUGCACACCUUACGCCUAUCAGCAGUGCGGCAGCAACAGCGGCGACGGCGGCAGCGGCUCGACGGAGGGCGUCGUGGUGAGCGUCGGUGCCGGUAACGGUGGCGGCGGUGGUGUCGGUGGCAUGGACUGCAUGCCCCUGCGACCUGGUCCGUUCCAUUACCUGAUCAGCGAGCAAGCCAAGUCUCUGGUGGCCCUGCAGGAGCUGCAGAAUGAGGUCGGCGCCUUGCUCGAGUUCCGGGACCUCGUCAUCGAGACGUUCCCAAACCUCCGGCACAAGAUGGCCGCGACGGCGUCCGCGGGUGCGUCCGUGAUGUCGUCCACCUGCACCCAGAGCUCGCACAUCCCGUUGCCGUUGUCGAGCCCGUCCUCGCGCAGGAUCGCCGAAUGGGAACCCGGCAAGCUGAGGCGGCGUGUGCCGCGCGAAAACAGCGGCAGCGGCAGCGGCGGCGGCAGCAGCGGCGGCGGCAGCGGCGGCGGUGGCGGAGGCGGUAGCAGCAGCGGUGGCAGCGGUAGCGGAGGCGGCGGCGGAGGCGGCGGCGGCGGCGAGUCCUCGUCGUUACCCAGGAGUCGCAGCAACUCCCACAGCGGCGGUACCAAGAACAACUGCAGCGCGACGGUCCAGGACUCCGGCUUCAGCACGGAGGCCUCGUCGAAGGACAGCGCGUCGACGGCGAUUGCGCCACGAGCUAGCAGUCCGCGACCGAACGCGCUGGACGAAGCCGAGGAUGAGCUGUGGAACCUGUUGGACGUGAUCCAUCGCAAAGGGAUCCGGCUCCGAGAGGAGGUCGAGUGCCUUCAAGGCCGCUUGGAAAGCGUGGCGACGGAGGAGUUGGCGUCCACGGAUGUGCUCGAGGCAGUGAGGAAGGUCACCGGUGCCGAUCACGAGGAUGCCGAUAGGAGGACCAUCGCGAGCGACAGUGCCGACCGGCAGCAGGACAGCAGGGAUCCGCAGGUGAUAGCGCUCAGGCGGGAGAAGGAGCAGCUGUUGGACAAGGUGGCCGAACUGGAGGCAGAAACGAUAUCGAGUCGUGCGCGUACUCAGGAACUGCAGUCCGAAUUGGCUGCGUUGUCGGCCUUGAAGACCGGCUUGGAGGACCGGCUGCAGGCUGGUCUGACCGAAAACACCCUGGAGAUCCUGGCACCGGGUGUCCAGAGACUUCAGCCAAUCGCGCCGGUAGUCACCUCGCCGAAGAGCGCCAAUGUUAGCGGCAUCAAAAGCAAGGGUUCGGCGUUCGCGUCGGUCACGAACAGCCCCAGCAAGGCUCACAAGAGUCGCUUCCGCACGAGGACCAUCGAGAAGAACGUGCUGCUGGACGUGGUCGGGCGCAACGACGAGCCGCGCGUCGAUAUCGACGUCGAGGCCAGCGUGAACGAGAGGAGAGCGAGACUGGGGGCGCUCGACUCGAUUCUCGUCUCACCCACCAGGGUAACUCACGUGAAAGACGUGGACUCGAGGAAGAUCGCGGCCAUUCUCCGCGAGAACUCGCCCCUUGAGCUCCAGCGGCAUCUAAUCACCACUACCGUCCAUAAUCAGGUCCUGCAGAAAAGACUAGACGAAGUUGAGAAAAGCACAGAGACUCUCUCCGAACGACUGGAUAAAGCGCGCGAAGAGAACGACGAUCUACGAUUCCAGCUGGAGGAACGGAACAUCGAGCUGGAGGGCACGCGGGCGCGAGUGCGCGUGCUGGAGCGUCUUCAGCAGCGGCCGCCAACGGAACACGAGCCCGAGGCGGAAUCGGAACAGCCCAGGUGCGAGCAGAGCGGUCUCGAGCCCGGCAGCAGUACGGAGUCCGCGCGAGACCAUCACCAGCCGGUCGAGAUCAAACCGUCGCCACGUCGGCGUCCCAGCCGCAUACCUUUACCCGGCAGCACGAGCGGCAAGACCACGUCGCCGUCGACGGCUGCGGCAAGCGGGACGGUAGCCACGACGCCGCCUCGACCGCCUGGUCACGGCAGGAACGACAGUAGGGAGUCGCUGAAGUCGCUAACGAGACCGCCGCGUGAUUCUAGUCGCGACAGCCAUGGCGGCGGCAAGUCGCUGUCGAAACCGCGCGACUCCAGUCGGGACUCGCUCGGCAGCAGGAGUUUAUCCAGGAGCAGCGGCAACGGGAGCAGCAACGUUGGCGGCGGUGGCAGCGGUGGCAACAAUAACAACAACAACAACAACAACAACAACAGCAACAGCAGCAGCAACAACAACAACAAGGAGACGAAUCGGGAGUCGUCCCUGAACCGGUCCUUGCCGCGUAAUAAUUCCAGCCGAGACUCCCUAAACAAAUCCUCCUCGCUGUCCCGCGCCCGUGACUCGCUGGAGUCUAACAACCUCGGGACGUCCUCGCCCACGGGGACGGCCCCCCCUCGACGACCGCCCGCUCCCGCACGCCGUUCCCACAGCCUGGCGCGCGCGGCGACGUCCGUUGAUAGCGAGCACGGCAAGAGCUGCACGGAAGCUGCACCGAGCUCCUGGUACUCGAACAAGACCAACAGUCUGCGGCACAGCGACUCGUCCCUUUACCCGGACUCGUUGAAUCAGGAGGAGACGUCGUCCGUCACCGGCUCCACGCGGGUGGAGUUCAUGAUCGGCUCGCCCACCAGGCGCUUCCGCACGAGCACCGCGUGGCCGCAUCGCUAUUUCGACAGCAUCGACUCGGCGGUCACGGUGCCGGAGAGUCUGCUGACCGACGAGUUCCCGCCGCGGCGCGGCGAGGCCCUGGCCGAAUGCGACUCGCUCGAGUGCCAUCCGAUUUCGAGCGAGGAUUGAGCCAGGCCGGCGAGGAAGGCUGCUGUUGUGGCGCGUAGUUUCUCGCUGCCGCUUCUUUCUCAACGUACCGCGCUCACCACACAUCGCUGACUUUGCGCAUUCGCGCAGCCUUGUAUCGACAAGUCAUCGACGUACGCGAGAAUGUAUAAAUGACUGAUUUCUAAUCGCGGGGAUACCACGUCCGUCGGUACGUUGUCCGUUCGCUCGUCCGCUCGUCCGUUCGUUCGUCCGUAUAGCAGGGAUACACGCAACACGCUGACAGAAUGGCACUCGGCAUUCUCAGUGGACCUGUUAUAGUGUGCCUUUCUUAUCUCUUGGAUUCCUUUAGUUUCUGCCUUUUUCUUUUCUUUAUAGGAUCAUCUCUUACGAUAGUCGAGAAGGGGGAAGAUCGAACGGUGUUGGUCUUCAAGUCGAGAUCUAACGGUAUUUUCUCACGUGGAAAUUAUUUGCGGUUAAAAUUUUUCGUGCAUUUUUCCAACACCGCUGGAAGUUCAUGAGAGAGAGAGAGGGGGUGAGGGAGAGACAGUCUUUGGCAGCCUGUUUUACUGCUUGAUCUAAAGUAAAGCUGAUGUAUCGAUUUACUUUCGCAAAAAAAAAAAAUGUACAUCGACCUAUAACGAAUACAACUGAUGUAGUUGAUAAUAACGAUCGCGGGAAGAUGUUAGAUUUAUGAUAGUUUCUGAUUGGCAAUACUGAGACGUAACUGAAAUUACGAGAUUCUGCGAUAUAUCAAUGUUUGUUUUUGAUGUAAAAGCAGGUGUCAUGCACUUGUACAGAGACCUAUAGUUUGUAAUUUGUGAAAUUCGGAAAUUACUUUACCGAUUUUUUGAAGAUGUUUUAUAUUUUCCUUUACGCAUUUUUUGAAAAUAUUUUACAGCUGUCUCAGCUCUGAACGUAUAUGUGAAACUUUUCUUUUUAUCGUGACGUAUUAAUUGCGAUCAAUUAAAAGAAAUGAAAUAUUUUCUGGUGUCGCGUAUCGGAAGAGCGAGUGAACAUAAAGGUAGACUCGAAUAAUGCUCGCGCUAAUUCGUCUUAAUUCUUUCUGUCCCGCGACGUGCGUGAGCAGCGCCAAAAUUUAUUUGGUUUAUUUGACCAACGUCAAGAAUGAGUUUGUCAAUCAAACUUUCCAUUACUUGGUACACGUUCGGUGACGGUAAUCUUUCUAUGUAUGUAGACGUCGUAUCUUUAUUUCAUACUGCUAUCCCUUUUCAUUUCUCCCGAUGAGAUCUGUAAUCCUUUUUACCGCUUUGAAUGACGAAAAGAAUAUCGUUGGGGACCCGCACUCAGGGGAGAUCCGAGCGAAUCGUUAGCUCGCAGUAGCAGAGAGGAUACUAGAUAGCUCACAUUCCAUACGACGUCCAGCCGCAAUUUUUUAUUCCAACUAGCAUUUGUAUCUUCGAUUUGAAUCUGCGUUUGUGAUCAAUCGUUUUCUUAUUUAUUAAUACGCUACGUGCGUGUAUGUGUGUGUGUGUGUGUGUGUGUGUGUGUGUGUAUGGGUGUGUGUAUGUGUGAGAGAGAAACGCGUUGUAACAGUGUGGGUCGGAUCCGUGCAGUCCGGCGAGUUCAGUUGACACGAGGAAGCGUCCAAGCGCCACCGUCCACCGGUGAUGGGCGGAACGGAGAAUACGCGCGAGUGCUGAGAAAACAAAAAAGGAAAGAACAAAAAAAACAGAAGAAAAUAGGAAAAGAAAUUCGAAAGACCCGUCGAAAUCUCGUCGUAUCCGCGGAGAAUACAUCUCGGGGGUGCACGCUGUCGCACUUUCUCUGUAAUAAUAACGACACAUAUCAUACUUGACGUUAAUCGCGAGAGCUCGUCAACGCAGGACGCAAAAUAUCUGCGAAUCAAUCGGCCGUGAUAUAGCAAACGUGACGUUCACCCUUCCCGUACGGAGAAGUUGAGCCUCGCCGGAGUCGCCGGUGAUUCAUUUUUCGGUAUCAGUGCGACUUCGUGCGCGCGAAAGUGAAAGAGAGAGAGAGAGAGAGAGAGAGAGCGAGAGAGAGCGAGAGAGAGAGAGAGAGGAAGGAGGAGAGAUCACUAUUGUAUUACAUAGUUCCUCGCUUCAACCAAUUCAAUUAUUUAUAACUAACAAUGACGAUUGUGAACACUGAUCGUAAUCACAGACGGAGCCUGUGAUCCUAGCUAUAAAAGGAGCGUAACCGCGAAACAUGUGAUUAACAUAUGUAGUUUAAGGUGUAAAACCACAGGACUGACGGACUUUACUUAUUAUUUUUUAGCGCCUAAAUGUUAUUACGCGCGGCGAAACGAAUGGGGACGGGAGGGAGGGAACCGACGUGCACUCGGUGAUUUGUGCCCCUUUUUUCUUCCUUUUAGUUUGUCGAACUAACUAACUCGAGAGGGGCUCGUGGCGCCAGGAGAAUGCUCAGAUAUUCUUAUUACGUACAGCCGGUGGACUCUGGUGCCCGUAUCGAUAUACGCGCUGCCGACUGGAGGCUAUUAUUUUUAUACCUUUAAUUACGAGCGUAAAAUCGAGAAAGAGAGGAGAUAGAUAGAGAGAGAGAGAGAGAGAGAGAGAGAAUGAGAGAGAGAGAGAGAGAGAGAGAGAGAGAGAAUGAAAGAGAGAGCGAGAGAGAAAGAGCGCGUAAACCGGCUGCGGCGGUACGGCAGCCUCCCGAUCGAUGGUUAAAGCGCUAUCAUUGUAUAUUAUACUUUAUCUAGUUUAGAUAUAUAUCGUUAUUACGAAAUUAUUAUUUUACCGAUACACCGACACACAUUUGUACAUAGAUGACGUCGCGAAUUAUUUAAAUAGCUCUAAUGUAAAUAAAUUAUCUAUAACGAAUCUGCGAUAAUGUGAUCCGAUUAAUAAAAUGCAAUUACUUCAA